AUGAAUAACACUACAGGCUGUUCAGCCAAUGCAUCUGUCUGUGAAGGUGCAUCAUGUGUGGUCUCUGAGGAAAACGUCAAUGCCAUUCUCAGCACAAUCUUGAGUGUUGUACUGACCAUACUGCUGGCCUUGGUCAUGUUCUCCAUGGGAUGCAAUGUGGAGAUCAAGAAAUUCCUAGGGCACAUAAAGCAGCCGUGGGGCAUCACUAUUGGCUUUCUCUGUCAGUUUGGAAUCAUGCCUCUCACAGGCUUUGUUCUAUCAGUGGCCUUUGGCAUCCUCCCCGUCCAGGCUGUGGUGGUGAUCAUCAUGGGCUGCUGCCCCGGAGGAGCUUCCUCCAAUGUCGUGGCCUUUUGGGUGGAUGGAGACAUGGACCUAAGCAUCAGCAUGACCACGUGUUCUACCUUGCUUGCCCUGGGAAUGAUGCCACUCUGCCUGUUUCUGUAUACCAAAACGUGGGUCGAGACGGGGAGCAUCGUUAUUCCCUAUGAUAGCAUAGGUAUUUCUUUGGUUGCUCUCGUUAUUCCUGUUUCCUUUGGGAUGUAUGUUAAUAACAAAUGGCCACGGACAGCAAAGAUCAUACUUAAAAUCGGGUCCAUUGCAGGUGCCGUUCUCAUUGUACUCAUCGCUGUUGUUGGAGGAAUACUGUACCAAAGUGCCUGGAUCAUCGAACCCAGACUGUGGAUCAUCGGUGCACUCUAUCCUAUAGCUGGUUACGUCCUAGGAUUUUUUCUGGCUAGAAUAGCUGGUCUGCCUUGGUACAGGUGCAGAACGGUGGCUCUAGAAACAGGGAUGCAGAACAGCCAGCUGUGUUCUACUAUCGUGCAGCUCUCCUUCAGCCCUGAGGACCUCAACCUGGUGUUCGUCUUCCCGCUCAUCUACAGCGUCUUCCAGAUCGCAUUUGCAGGAGUACUUUUAGGAGUUUAUUAUGCAUUCAGGAAAUGUCAGAGGAAAAGUGAUGUGGAAUUUCCAGAGAAUAAAGACAAAGAAACACAAUCUGAGUCAUCCUCUCCUAAGAUAAAUGGUGGAUUUCAACCAGAUUCAUAAAAA